AUGAACCACUGGCGGAUCUGGGGGGGGGGGAGGCUUGGGGCCCACCCUUCCCCUUGGGUGGGCCCAGAAAAAGUGGGCUUUUUCGGCCAUUACUUGGCCUUCAGGGAUCAAGGAAAGAGGUUUAUCUCCAAUUUAAACGUUUCUAAGGAUGGUAUUACUUACAAGACACGAAUAGCCUUUAUAUUCUAUAAAGAAUAUGUUUUACAAAUACAUACUACGGAUGCGCCAUUUCAAGUGCUCUAUAAAGACAUCAGUGUUUGGACUGUUUCUGGUCGCCAUAGCAACGGGCUUAGUAACCAUACAUACAAACGCAUCGUAUUUGAUGAAUAUGGUCAGACACACAGAUCAUGCUAAUGCAAUAAGCGGUCAGCAUUUCUCUGGAUUCCUUGUGAACACUCCAGGCUGUAAAAUCCCAGAUAUAAACCCAUUCGACACAAGCAUUCGGCAUUUAGUGACGCACGACACUUUGGAAUGUGAUGGUGCCAAAAGUUUAACAUUUACAGAAGGAUCCCUUCUUAAAAUUAAUCGCUCGUUAUUAGAGACGACAUAUUUCAAUUUUAGCCAUUGUAGUUACCAGGCUAUUCAACGCGAUGGCAACAACGAAACUGACAGAUUAUUUCGAUAUGAUCCUAAAAUUGUAAAAUUCAAAGAUGAGGUGAAGCUCAGGGAUGAAUUUAUCCGUGUUGUGUGUCAUAAUAUCCCCGGGAAAAUGAUUUACACAAACUUCCAUGCAGUUGUUUUUGAGAAACAUUCCGUCGAGAAAGACUGUGCAGAAACAGAAGCUAUGUACAGUAAAACAGCGAAAGAAAAGGCUUUAGAAACAUUUAAUUUAAUCAUACUAGGAGUUGACUCGGUCUCGCGACUGAAUUUCAUGCGACAAAUGCCGAAAACACGAGCGUACCUCACAGAUGUGCUACAAGCGUUGGAGCUGACGGGUUAUAAUAAAGUGGCUGAUAACACUUACGUCAACCUUGUCCCAAUGUUUGCUGGCAAGUUUGUCGAGGAACUCCCGUGGGACGAACGUUACAGUGACAUUGCCUUCGAUAAAUAUGAAUUCUUUUGGAACCAAGCUCAAAAACGCGGAUAUAGGACAUUGUAUGCAGAAGAUGCACCCGAAAUUGCAAUUUUUAACUAUGAGAAAGAAGGAUUUCACAAACCACCGGCUCAUUAUUAUCUCAGGCCUUUCAGCCUUGCGAUGGAGAACCACGGGUCCGUCUGGGAUGAUACUCAUAAUUGUGUAGGGGACAAAUUGGAGACGAACAAGGUGCUGGAUUAUGUAAAUGAUUUUGUAAAAUUAUUUAAAAAUCGCCUCCAUCUUGCGUUCGCUUUUAUCACGCGUUUAACUCAUGAAAAUAUUAAUUUAGUUGGAGUCGGAGAUGACGCAUAUCUGGAAUUUUUCAAAACCAUACAUCAACAAGGUAACCUAGAAAAUUCUGUUGUUUUGUUCUAUAGUGAUCAUGGAAUACGGUUUGGAAAAAUCAGAGAGACGAACGUGGGUAAACUCGAAGAACGUUUACCUUUCUUAUACUGGAUAUUUCCAAAAUGGUUCUAUAAAAAAUAUCCUCAUUUGGAUAAAACUUUAAGAACUAAUGCUCACCGAUUAACCACUCCUUUUGACAUAUACGCAACUUUGCAAGAUAUCAUCGACUUUAAAGGAAUCACUAAAGUUUAUGAUAAACCGGUCAGAGGAAUGAGUUUAUUCAGUGAAAUCCCUGUAACUAGGACAUGUGAAGAUGCUUGGGUUUUUCCCCAUUGGUGUACGUGCCAGAAGCAGAUCUCAGUGAAUAAAACAGAUGGUCACGUGAUACACGCCGCUAAUAUGGUGGUCCAAUUCAUAAAUGACCAAACUAGCUCACAUAGGAAACUAUGCACCCUUUUAAAGCUAUCAGCUAUUACAGAUGCACGAAUGACAACAUCUAGUGACGAAGUUCUCAAAUUCCGAGAGAGUCAUAACUCAGUCCUUGGGCGUAAAGUUGACUAUGGUUCCCCUGUGAAACCGAUCAUUCAUUAUCAGAUCAUUUUACGCACGUUCCCCGGGGAUGCACUUUUUGAGGCCACAGUGAGGUACAGCGAUGAUGAUGGGAAAUAUCAUAUCAUGGGAGAUAUCAGUCGGAUAAACAAAUAUGGGGAUCAGUCGGCAUGCAUUUGUAAACAUCAACUAAAGAAAUUUUGUUUCUGUGGAUAAUCGUAUACGAGUUAUCAAAUAGUAAUUUCAACAUAUGUUUUGUAAAUUUAUAGCGUCAUUUCUACAUCAUUUUUACACCAAGCGGUAUUUUUGUUUUCUAGCCUAAUCCAAUAGUAAACUAAACGAAAAUCAUUAAUCAUUUGCAAAUACUACUCCUUAAAAUCGAGUUACAUAGAAAAGCAUUUCACUUUAGAUACAAAGCUGAAUUACUUUAAUUACUGAGCAUUGAGUGAACCUUAGUUGGAACUGAACAUUUGCUAACGAAAUGACAGCACCAUUGUUUUUGACGCUUACGGUCUUUGUCGCUUUCUGGACAAAACAUGCUGUCACGGUAGAUGUAAUUGACUCUUCAAAAUUGAGCAAAUAUGCAGAUGAGCACCCUUGUAUUAUCAUUACAACCAUAAAAGGAGAUAGUAUGUCGUGUUACUUUGAUAAAGGAAAGGUUUCUGGAGAAAGAAUACAAAUCAAAGAAAUCCCAGACACAUGGAUUCGAUCAACCGCUCAGUUUUUAAGCCGCCGUCUAAGUGUCUAUCAGGAUAAAGAUCACGGAUUAAUUUUCCUUGGGGAUAACACGACAUUCUUCCCGCCAUUUGUGUCACCAUACGGUAGUUUUAAAAGCUUGGCUAUAUCGUCAUCUGACUCUUUAAACAGUCGUCUUCGUAAAGCAGUGCAGUUGGGCAGUAACAAUAACAACGCUAUUAAGCUCCUCAAAAUGGCAAUUUCACAAUCUGGAAAUGAUGAAUCUAAGACUGGAAAUGCACUGGACACGAUAGCGUCAGUUGUGGACUUCAGUCGUGCUACGAUGGUUGUAGAUUUGCCACCAGCGGAGCUACUGCAAGCUUUUAAGUCAUUUGGAAAACUAUCAAGGGAUCUUUACAUACCUAUUAUUGUCAUACGAUGGACGGAAUUGGCAGAAAUCAGGGGGAAUAUGCAAUUUCUCACAAAUCUUUACAAGAAAGGUUAUAAACCCUUCACAGAUCUUUACAAUAAUGGAGUUAAACCCGAAGGUUUACAUAUAGAGGAAUGCUCCAAAUGGCCAGAAUUUGUAAUUUUCAAACUUGCUCCAACGAUAAACACUGAUGAAGUCGAAACAAACGUCUAA